UGUGAGGCCUGAAGCCCAUACUUUUUUUUUUUUUUUUUAAUUUUUUUAUUGCGGCACUGGGAGCUGUUCACUUUAAGAAAAAUGUUUCAAAAUUCCGAAUUCAAAAUUACUAGUGCAGCUCCCCCAGACUGGGCCGGAUGCUAGAGACUACAGAGAGCAGCGGUGGGCGCUCCCAGUCCCGGAGCCCUGCUUUUAGGGGCACGCGGGAUGUCCCGAGACCCCUUCUCUCUCGCCGGGGGGGCUCCGUUGUCUCUUGGAUUUAUUCGCGUCGCUGUGUUGUACCCUGAGUCAGCAGACCCAGCCAGCCAUGUUAGGUGUACUGCAAGCCCUGGAUACCUGAAAGCAAAUGAAAACGAUGUCCAGAAUCUAGCCACAAAUUUAUUUCCAUUAUUUGAGGCUUGAAUUAAGUCUAUUCUCUCCCCCCUCCUUUAGGGCUAAAUGUUUCCCUCAGAAUUGACCCACUGCUACUGGCAAGCCCCUAUUAAUCAAGACCCUGAUCAAGAACUUUGGAGCUUUGUCAAACAAGUUGGAGCUGGAGGGAGAUUAGUUCCUGUUCCAAGCCUCAGUGAAGCUGACAAGUACCAACCACUAAGUCUGGUGGUAAAAAAGAAGCGAUGCUUUCUGUUUCCUAGAUAUAAAUUUACUUCAACACCAUUUACACUGAAAGAUAUUCUCCUAGGAGACAGAGAAAUUUCUGCUGGUAUUUCUUCUUAUCAAUUACUGAAUUAUGAGGAUGAAUCAGAUGUUUCACUUUAUGGAAGACGAGGCAACCAUAUUGUGAAUGAUGUUGGGAUUAAUGUUACUGGAUCAGAUUCAAUUGCAGUAAAAGCUUCAUUUGGUAUAGUAACAAAACAUGAAGUGGAAGUAUCAACAUUACUCAAGGAAAUUACUACACGAAAAAUUAAUUUUGACCACAGCUUAAUACGUCAGUCACGGAACUGCAGAAAGGCGGUAUUGUGUGUGGUCAUGGAAAGCAUUCGCACCACGAGGCAGUGCUCUCUCUCUGUGCAUGCUGGAAUUCGUGGGGAAGCAAUGCGGUUUCAUUUUAUGGAUGAACAGAAUCCCAAGGGAAGGGAAAAAGCUAUUGUUUUUCCAGCACACACAACCAUAGCUUUCAGUGUUUUUGAACUCUUCAUUUACCUGGAUGGUGCCUUUGACCUUUGUGUAACUUCAGUGUCAAAAGGAGGAUUUGAAAGGGAAGAAAUGGCAACAUUUGCACUGCUCUACAGAUUAAGAAAUAUACUAUUUGAAAGAAAUAGAAGAGUGAUGGAUGCCAUUUCUCGUUCUCAGCUUUACUUAGAUGAUCUUUUUUCCGACUUCUAUGACAAACCCCUCAGUAUGACUGAUAUUUCACUCAAAGAAGGGACUCACAUCAGAGUAAACUUACUUAAUCACAACAUUCCCAAAGGGCCUUGCAUACUCUGUGGAAUGGGGAAGUAUAAGAGAGAGACAGUUUAUGGGUGCUUUCAGUGUUCUGUCAAUGGACAGAAGUAUGUGAGACUUCAUGCAGUUCCUUGCUUUGAUGUUUGGCACAAGAGAAUGAAAUAAAGUGCAAAUGAAUACCUUCGUGGUAUUUUACUUGCAUUUGUGCCACAAACCUUUCCAAAAGGAUCUAGGUUCACUUUGCUGAACUAAAAACAAACCAUUUUCAAUGGUUCUGUAGCAAAUUAAAAACAUACGCACUAUACUAUUUAUAUCAAAAUAAGAUUUAAAUAUAAAUUUCAGAAUAUAGAUGUUACUUCACAAAAUUUGCCCUUUAGAAACUUUUUUGGGAUUUAGUGUAAUUUUAGAAAACAACUUUUUACAUAAUUAAGAGAUUUUUCUGAAUAUCAAUUUUAAUUUUAAUCAGGCUUUAAUUCAACCCUGAAGGAUGACUUGAGUGCACAAGUUUCUUUAUGAUGUUUUUAACUAUUGCCCUAUGGCCUGGUAAAAUGAGAAAAAUGUGUUAAUCAUUUAAUGUAAUCCUAAAUGUUUAAUUGCAGUAUUGAAUUAAAAGCACACUGAGCUCAGCACGCGGUUCUGUGUACAUAGUUAAUAUAAUGGUCAAUAGUAGUAAUGGGUAGUAAUGGGUUGCCAUUGUGUGAUGUACAUAAGCAUGCUAGUUUUGUCUUCAUAAAACUCACUACUGUCAUUUUAAAAUUAAGGCAGAUAAGAAAUUUCUUUCCUUCUUUGAAAGUGUUUAAAACUCUUGUUAACAUAUUUAGUUCUGAAAAAAUUAUUUUCAUCUAUUUGGUAAGUCAUAUAAAUAUUUCAUACUCAGACAACUUAAGCUAAAUUAUUAAUCUAACUUACACCCUUAUUAAAGUAAUUGCAAAAAUAAUAAGACGUUAAAAUACUUAAACUGAAAAUGUAUAGUUACAGCACACUGUAAUGUAUAUGCUUAUGACAGCAUAAAGCAAUCAUGUAAAUGCACAGUAUGUGUACUCAAACACUGUACACUAUGUAUAGAAUGAUUAAAAUAUUUUACUUAUUUAAAUGUGAAUAUAGGCUUGGAGUAAAUCUCCCUAUUCACUUAACAUUAACUUCUACGAUUUUUAAAUCUAAGUUUAAAAACACUUGGUAUGAAAAAACAAUGGGACAGAAAAGUUAGCAUUAUGAACAGUUCAUAUUAUAGGAUCACUCCUGUAUAUUUUUUCUUUCGUUGUACUUUUAUUUUGCCUUAGUCACGGUAUACUAUUUAAAUGCAAAUAUAGUUAUACUGAUCAAAAAUGCACUAGUUAUGUUUUUUACAUGGCUAUAGAGAAAGGGGACAGUUCCCAAACCAAAAUAUAAGAAUACUGAGUUAUCAACUUUGUUUACGUCAAAUGAGCAGGUAUUUUUGAAGGAAGUAAAGAGAUGAAAGAGGUGAUGAUCAUGAAAGUGAGGUAUUACAAAAUUGGGGUACAGAAAUGAAGAAAUAUUGGGAUGGGAAGAAAGUAACAAAAGUGCUUUGUUUUUGAAGUGUCAAAUUCUGUACCAAUAUAUGCGGUAUCCACUAUUCUGAAUAACAGAAUUUCUGGCAGUAUAUAUAAAGAGGUUAAAAGAUGAAGAAUUAUUUGGAAAGAGCUAGUUUCAGAAAACAGACAAAACUCUACUUGUUUUGCAUUUAGUUGUUUUGAUUAGAAUUAUCUGUUGCCUGACCAUACUCUCCUACAUGUGGUCAGUAGGCAAAAUUCUUUCAUAUUCCAAAAAAAUGUGCCCUUUCUUUGGCACCAACUUGGUGUUCCACAGCAUCUCUCAUUCUUAAAAGUUGGACCAUGUCAUGAUUUGACCAUGACACAAUGCCACAGCACUGCAUGUUCUCAUCUGUAGCAAAAAUAAAUUUGACACAUUUAUUUAUCAAAAUUUGACAGCACACCAGUUUGACAUGAAUGAUGUAAAGUAGAAGUCACAUAGAAAGACAUACCUAAAGAAAGGUAACUGGAUAACUAAAAAAUUCCAUGGCAUCAAAUAUAAAACUACCAAGACAAAAAGGAGUGGUAGAUAUAAAGGCUCAGAGCAGGAAGAAGAGUAGCACAUAUGUAAUAAUGUCUGAAGGAGUACAAAACACAGAGUGGUAUAGAUUUUGUGCCUGUUACAAGAUAAGCACAAAGUCUUUGAUCUGUUCAAAUCUAUUUAAACAUUCCUCAAUGGAACAAAUUACCUAAGGCUUGCACCAAAUUACCUAUGGCUUGCAUCAAAAAGCACUGAGAAGGUUUAGGCUCUCUCUGGGACAGUGAUGUUCAACUAGUAUUUUUCUGUGUGCAUAGCAAAGGAAGACCCAUCAGUCCUAUGACUUUUAUACCCUAUUAUGAGUACUUUAUGAAAUGUGUAAGUAAAGGAAAUACUAGAUCCUGGGUCCCUAAUGAAUAUUUUAAAAAUAAUGGGACAUUUUAACAUUUAAAAUAUUGAAAUGGGCAAUUUACAUAUUUAUACAUACUGUUGAAGUUAGAAUUGUAAAGAACUUCAAGAUUUUGACAUAUAUGUCUCCUAUACCCUGAAGAAUGAAAAUUGCCCAGUGGAACACAGAGGUCUAUGAUUAUUUCAAGGUGCUGCAUAGAAUAAAGCAAUGGGAUACACAAUCAUAACUCCUUUCUUUAAAGUUAAAUUUGCAGAACAGCCUCUACCAAAAUUACAUGUAUUAAGGGGACCAAAAUAUCUUUCUUAUGGGGGAAAAAUAGAAAACCCAACUUUGAGAAAAAUGACUUUGUUUUAUGUAUAAAGUACUAUAAGUAGGUAAGAUGAUGUAGAAAUAAAAAUAUGCUAUAGUUCAUCAUGUUGAUAUACAUUGUAUUCCUUGAAAGAAAUGAAGCCAUCACCAUCAUGGUCAUUCUUCUUUAAAAUAUCUUCUAAAACUGCAUUCUGAUAUGACUUGUCAUGUGGCUUCUCAUCUUUUUCAAAUUCUCUUUCCAAAUAAUGAUUUAUCUGUAAUAAAACAGACCAAAAUAGUCCCAAAUAACAUUUCUGUAAUAAAAAGUUACUAUAAUAAAUUUUUGGCAAUUUUAACAAAUGUUUAUAUAAUGAAACCCAUAUCCAAGACUACUUAUAUAU